AUGAGCAGCGGGCACCUGUUUUUACCCUUGGAGGCAAUCGAGGUGGUUACUCGGCCACCAGUAUGCGCUGCCAUGAUUUUUUCGCCUGACGACAGCCCUCAGACUACACUGAAAGCAGGCGAGACCUUUGAAGCGACUUGGACGAUGGAAGCAGGGCAUCCAGGGGAUUGCUAUUUCUAUUUGAGUUAUGAUGCAGAUCCCAGCAAUGCGGUCAACUUCUUCAAAAUUGCCGCCAUUCCUGGCUGUGGUGCUCCCGAUGGCCUAAACAUUCCUGCCUCUGUGACCACCACCGUCUUGCUGCCACCUGAAGUACCAGCAUGUGAUCAUUGCGUGCUGCGAUGGGAAUGGACUGCACAUCAGCAGGUUGUUGACAUUGAGUUCUAUGUGCAGUGCGCAGAUGUGAAGAUCACGAGCACCGCUGGACCAACACUGCCGAGCCCAAUCACAGCCAUCGCUGGCAUCGAGCACUUGCCGCAGGAUGCUUCAGGCUACCGGAAGGUCUACAACGGGCAAGGUCCAGAAGAACAGUACUUGAUCGGCCCGGCGGGGCUGCUACGGAAUGCAACUGCAAUCCUGACACUGAGUGGAAUGGUGGCUUCGCCCAAUAUGCCUUGGGAGCGGAUUUUUGCAGUCAAAACUUUGGCGGAGCCAACCCUUGGAUCUCUGGUGGAAGCAAUGGUGGCUUUAGCGGGGCAGUCGGAGCCGUUUUACGUCGAUACUGUUUGUCUUUGUGGCAGCGAUUGGCCGCGCAGCGCUUUGGACUUUGUGGCUGUUUUUGACGUGCUUGGGUUUUGUGGCUGGAGAAGGUUCCGCGGCGCUGUGUGGGCAGGCCAUCCCAAAGGUGAUGGCAAGUUGCGCCUCAUCACGUUUAUGACCGACGACUAUCCCAACUCAUGGACCGGCGAGAAGGAGAUCCAAGAGUCGGUUUGGUACCACAUUCAGGUGGUCUUCACACCUGCUACAGGUGGGGUGGCAUUGCAAGUGGAUUCCCAGGCACUUGACACAGGCAAUGUGCCGGUGAAUAUGCUGGCUGCAACCAAUGGGCCACAGAUUGGAGUUUACUCCUUUGACUAUGCCACCCAAUCAUGGCCGGCCGAGCUUUUGAUGGCACAAGAGUCUGAUAGGUAA